GUACCCCUGAUCCCUCACAAACUCCGAAGCAGCCUGCUGUUAGAUUCCGCCUAAUCCGCCUGUUCCCAACGCCUCGGCCCGGGACGACUUUAAGUUGCUUUGGCGAGCCAUUUCCGUCAGUAGCGGCCAUGGCGGUGGACGCGUCGCCGAGAGAGGGGGGUGCCGCAAGCACAGCGGAUGAAGACGGGCGCGAGGACGAUGCUCUGGCCAGAGCAGACGAGGCUCGGAAGGCUGCCGAGGCUAAGAAGGCGCUUCGGGCGGCGAACCUGCGGCCGAAGCGGUUGGGCGCGAGCGGCGAGGGCAAGGGCCUGGAUUCGAGCAUCAAGCGCAACACGGCGAUGAUCCGACGGCUGAGACAGCUCAGCGAGGAUCAGAGGGAAGCCAUUCUGGAUGAGGUGCGGGCAGUGAACAUGAGCAAGUACGUGUCGGAGGCAGUGGCAGCCAUUGCAGAGGCCAAGCUCAAGAUGGCCGACAUCCCAGCGGCCGUGCAGGUCUGCUCUCUCCUGCACCAACGGUACGCUGACUUCGCCCCAGCCCUGGUCCCCACCCUUCUCCGCGCCCUCAUUCCCUCGCCUUCCUCCUCCAAACCUGGCACCAGCAGCACCAGCUCCAGCAGUGCUGGCAGCGGCACAUACGCUAGUAGCUUGUUUUUUGACGACCUGGAUGGGUCUAUAACGGGUACAGGAGGAGUGGGAGUAGGGGGGAGUAGUGGGUCAGGCUUGAUAGGAGCGGGUGGGGGAGGAGGAGGAGGGGGAGGCGGGGGGGUGGUAGCAGGGGGUGGUGCGGGUGCAGGGGCUAGUCUUUCAGCGCGCAUUUCGCGAAAGCGGAGUGUGUUUCGGCUGCUAGUGGAGCUGUUCCUAUGCGGGGUGUACGAGGACGCGAGUGUGAUUAUAGGCGUCGUGAAAGAGGUGGCCAGUGCUGAUGGGGCGGGGCUCAGGGAGAGGGAGCGGCUGGAGCGGGAGAGGGAGGCGGUGACGAUGGCAGUGACGCUCAUGCUCAGCUUUGUGAGGGUGGGCGGGCCGCUGCUGGGGCUCAAGUGCGACCCCGCAGACGAGGAGGUCUACACCGACCUGCCAAUAACCGCCGAGCAGCGCAAGCAGCUGUCAAAGCUUGUCUCCUUCUUCUUCGACGCCCUCUCGGCCCUCGUGCUGAGCGAGCACGGGGCGGUGCGCAGCAUGGACCGCGAGAUAGCGCGCAUGACGGCGCAGAGAGGGGAGAUCCCGGAGGAUGUGAGUGCGGCGUACGAGAGGAGCCGCAAGGGGCUGGAGCAGCUUGUCAGGAACGCCAACGCGCUAGCUGAAGCUCUGGACCGUGCACCUGUCGCGCUGCCAGAGGACGAGCACACCACCCACGUGGCAGGGGGCGGGGACAGCUCAGCAGGGGGGGCAGGCGGGGGAGGGGCAGGGGCGGAUGGGGCAAAGAGAGAGGCGGAGGCAUUGCCCUUGUGGGAUGAUGAUGAGACGCGCGCCUUCUACGAGAAUCUGCCAGAUCUGAAGCUGUUUGUGCCCGCCGUGCUGCUGGGGGAUGGGGGAGGGAAGGGCGGGAAGGGGGCUGGUGAUGGGGAGGAGAAAGAGAGUGAGGAGGGUGAGGGGAAGGAGGAGAAAGAGAAGGAGAAGGGGAAGGAGAAAGAGAAGGAGAGGGAGAAAGAGGAGAAAGAGAAGGAGAAGGAGAAAGAGAAAGAUAAGGAAAAAGAAAAAGAGAAGGAGAAGGAGAAGGGGAAAGAGAAGGAUAAGGAGAAAGAGAAGGAGAAGGAAAAGGUGAAGGGGGUGGAGGCAGCGAAGCUAGAUGACUUGUUGCAGCGCCUGCCGUCCUGUGUCAGCAGAGACCUCAUCGACCAGCUCUCCGUGGACUUCUGCUACGUGAACAGCAAGGCGAGCCGGCGGCGGCUGGUGCGCGCUCUCUUUGCCGUGCCGCGCACGGCGCUGCAGCUGCUGCCGUACCAUGCGCGCAUGGCGGCCACCCUGGGGCAGUACAUGCGCGACGUGGGGCCCGCGCUCGUGCACCUGCUGGAAGAGGAGUUCACAGCGCUUAAGAACAAGAAGGACCAAAUCAACAUUGAGUCGAAGAUGCGCAACAUCCGCUUCCUGGGCGAGCUCGCCAAGUUCAAGGUGGCGCCCGCCAGCCUCAUCUUCAGCUGCCUCAAGUCGUGCCUGGAGGACUUUUCCCACCACAGCAUCGACGUGGCGUGUGCGCUCCUGGAGACCUGCGGGGCGUUCCUCUCACGCCACCCCGACACCAAGGUGCGCAUGGGCAACAUGCUGGACAUCAUCCAGCGCCUGAAGAAUGCGCGCAGCUUCGACGCGCACCACUCCACACUCAUCGACAACGCCUACUUCCUCUGCCGCCCGCCCGACCGCAUCGCCAAAGUCGUCAAGACGCGCCCGCCGCUGCACCAGUACAUCCGCAAGCUGCUGUACGCGGAUCUGAGCAAGAGCACGGUGGAGAAGGUGCUGCGGCAGCUGCGCAAGCUGCCGUGGCGCGAGUGCGAGUGCGAGGCGUACGUCGUCAAGUGCCUGCUCAAGACGCACCGCGCGCGCUUCAACCAGAUCCACCUGCUCGCCUCGCUCGUCGCCGCACUGUCCAGAUUCAGAGAAUCUGUGGGGGUGGCCGUGGUGGACCAGCUAAUGGAGGACAUCCGUGUGGGGCUGGAGACGGCGGACAGCACGCACCAGCAGCGGCGCAUCACAGCCAUGCGCUUCCUGGGCGAGCUCUACAGCUACCGCGUCGUCGACUCGCACCUCAUCUUCGACACGCUGCACCUGCUGCUCUUCUUCGGCUCCGACACGCUCGAGUACCUCACCCUGGACCCCCCCGAUGACUGCUUCCGCAUCCGCAUGGCGGCCACGCUGCUCGCCACGUGCGGCCACUUCUUUGACCGCGGCUCGUCCCGCCGCCGCCUCGACCGCUUUCUGCUGCUCUUCCAGGCAUACGUGCUCGCUAAGCCCAGUGUGCCGCUCGACGUGGAAUUUGACCUGCAGGACCUAUUUGCGAAGCUGCGUCCCCGUAUGAAGCGAUUCGCUACCCUGGAAGAGGCUCAGGCACAGCUGCAACAGGACGCUGAGAGGGCAGCGGCCAAGGGAGGGGGAGGGGGUAGGGGAGGCGCAGGGGAGGGAGCAGGAACAACAGGUGCCAGCGCUGGUGCAACAGCAGGGUUGGGAGCAGCAGGCGGAGGAGGAGGGGCAGGGGUGGGAGGCGGGGGCCUUGGACCUAUUCCUGAGAACGUAGAAGUGCAGACGGAUCAAACAGGAAAGUCGGGGGAGGGGGGGGAGGAGGAGCGGAGUGAUAGUGAGGAGGAGACUGUGGGAGGGGAGGAGGAGGAGGGAGGGGAGGAGGACGAUGGGGACGAAACUGGAGAGGGGGAGGACGGGGGAGGGGAGGAGGAUGAUGACGAUGGGGAGAUGGAGGGGAGGGGGGCGCAGGGGGGGAAGCAAGCGAAGCUGAGGCAGAGGAAGGGGAGGGGGACGAGGAUAAGGUGAAGCUGGUGGGGGGAAGAAAGAGGCGGAGGUGGAUCCAGAGGAGCUGGAGGAUUUUGACAAGGAGUUCCGCGCGCUCAUGCAGGAGAGCCUGGCGGAGAGGAAGCUGGAGAAGCGCGGCGCUGGCGUGCUCAACAUUGCGAUUCCCAUGAGUCUGCUGGAUGGCAGCACGGGCACGAG